AUGCCAGCCUCCAAGAACUCCGGCAGUGACGGUGUGAGCAAGAAGAUGAAUGGGCUGAAGGAGUACAAGAGGGCGCAGAAAGAGAAGAAACUCGCACAGCGCGCCACCGCCGCCGCUGAGCAGAUCAAGGCGAAGAAGAUAUCCUCUACUUCCGCUAAGAUGGUAAAACUGAGUGACGCUGAGUCCACCAAGGCUACUUUGACCCCAAAAGACACACUGGAUAUUGUCGCGCUGCGCAAAGCCUUGGAGUUUGCGUUGUAUGAGAAGAUGGAAACGCCACGCCAGAUGCUUAUCCGGUGUGACUUCAAGGCUUAUAUGGAUACCGAGUUCCAUGGCAGGGACGCUAAAUUCGACUACAUGGCACCACAUGCUGUGUGUCUUGACGACAAUGGAUUUGAGACAACUAUCCGCACAAUCGGCUCAAACACACAAGACGGAUUGACUGCCCAUGAGACAGAGCUGUCGCCAUUGGAGCAGUUUGAGACUGAGAAGAACGUCACCCUCUCACAUCCUGCUCCCCAAGCACAACGAUGCGACUCUCGUUUUUUUGAACACCUAAUUUCUGCCGCAUCCGCCCAGGAGGAGGUCGUUACUGCCAAAGUGCAGGACACCAUCAACUUUUCGACUGAUUCUCAACCACCCGAGUCCGUGUCUACACAGGUGCCGCAUCUGAUGGAUCCAGCCAUCAUCAGCCACAAGAUCAAACAACAGACACCUGCAAAUCUGGGAAUGCUUGUCACCAAUAUCACCCAAACGAUCAGAAAGCAUGCAAAGGGCACUAGUCUGAAGGACAGCCCCUCAACCUUCACCUCUACUCUCGUUUCGACGCCAGGCUCUUCACCCACCAGUACUCAUCGCUCCAGCAUCUCUUCACCGGUCGGGUUCAAUACUCGUUCAUAUACGCCUGCGACGCCUCAACUAACUUCUGCAACUUUAGGUCACUGGGGCUAUCGCUCUUACCCUAAGCCUGGCGAUAUUGCUGACUGGAGCUUUUUGGAUUUGAAUUCGAGGAUGUGAGCUACAGUUCUGGAAGAGCAGGGAAGGGGUACUCGGAUUUGUUCUUUGGCCAAGAACAGUAGUUUUUGAUGUUUCCAUUCAUGUAUACGCAUCAGUCAUAUGUGGGGGAAAGGUUUAGUACUGGCACAAAAAGGGUAGAAUUUGACUGAAAUGUGUGGACGAUGUCUCCUUAGUUAGCAUGGGGUGUAAUAUGCAGAUGAAAUACCAGAUGAUGUAAGACAAGACCGAAUACCCUAGCAGUGACGUUCGGUGGAGAAAGGAAG